AUGCAGAAGAGCGUCCGUUAUAAUGAAGGCCACGCGCUGUUUCUGUCCGCGGUGGCGCGUAAAGAGGGCACGAAGCGAGGCUAUCUGAGCAAAAAAACUACAGAGAACAGUCGCUGGCAUGAAAAGUUUUUUGCUCUUUACCAAAACCUACUUUUUUACUUUGAGGGCGAACAGAGCGCUCGACCCGCCGGGAUUUAUCUUUUGGAAGGAUGCACCUGCGAGCGCACCCCGGCACCCAAGAUGUCCUCGACGGGAAAAGAGUUAAUGGACAAACAGCACUACUUCCAGAUUGUUUUCGGACAUGACGGUCAGAAGCCCCUGGAGCUUCGAAUAGAGGAAGAGAAUGAGUGUGAUGAAUGGGUGGAGGCGAUUCAGCAGGCCAGUUACUCUGACAUCAUCAUUGAGCGCGAGGUGCUGAUGCAGAAAUACAUCCACCUGGUUCAAAUAGUGGAGACGGAAAAGGUAGCGGCCAAUCAGCUGCGGACUCAGUUAGAGGACCAGGACACUGAGAUUGAGAGGCUUAAAUCUGAGAUUGUAGCUUUGAACAAAACCAAGGAACGGAUGCGCCCAUACCAUGUUCCUCAUAAUAAUGAAGACCCAGAUAUUAAAAAGAUCAAAAAGGUACAAAGUUUUAUGCGAGGCUGGCUCUGUCGGAGGAAAUGGAAGAUUAUUGUCCAGGACUAUAUCUGCUCCCCUCACGCUGAGAGCAUGAGGAAACGUAACCAGAUAGUGUUCAACAUGGUGGAGGCUGAGACAGAGUACGUGCACCAGCUCUACAUCCUGGUCAACUGUUUCCUGAGGCCUUUGAGAAUGGCUGCCAGCUCCAAGAAGCCUCCCAUCAGCCAUGACGACGUGAGCAGCAUUUUCCUCAACAGUGAGACCAUCAUGUUCUUACACGAGAUCUUUCACCAAGGACUCAAGGCCAGGAUCGCCAACUGGCCCACCCUAGUGCUGGCGGACCUCUUUGACAUCCUGCUACCGAUGCUGAACAUUUACCAGGAGUUUGUGCGGAACCAUCAGUACAGCCUGCAGGUCCUGGCCAACUGCAAACAGAACCGUGACUUUGACAAACUGCUCAAACAGUAUGAGUCCAACGCCGCGUGUGAGGGACGCAUGUUGGAGACUUUCCUCACCUACCCCAUGUUUCAAAUUCCACGGUAUAUCAUCACUCUGCAUGAGCUGCUGGCCCACACUCCUCAUGAACAUGUUGAGCGUAAAAGUCUUGAAUUUGCCAAAUCCAAACUAGAAGAGUUGUCACGAGUGAUGCACGACGAGGUGAGUGACACAGAAAACAUCAGGAAGAACUUGGCCAUUGAGCGGAUGAUUGUGGAAGGCUGUGACAUUCUACUGGAUACAAGUCAGACUUUUGUAAGGCAGGGCUCGCUGAUCCAGCUGCCCUCGGUUGAACGAGGAAAACUCAGCAAAGUUCGUUUGGGCUCGUUGUCCCUGAAAAAGGAAGGAGAGCGUCAGUGCUUUCUCUUCACUAAACAUUUUCUCAUCUGCACGCGCAGCUCCGGAGGCAAACUGCACCUGCUCAAGCAGGGCGGUGUGUUGUCCCUGAUAGACUGCACCCUCAUCGAGGAGCCAGAUGCCAGUGAAGAGGAAUCCAAAGCUGGCCAGGGAUUUGGUCAGCUGGACUUUAAACUGGUUAUAGAACCAUCGGACCUGCCUUCUUUCACUGUGGUUCUCCUCGCACCUUCUCUGCAAGAAAAGGCUGCAUGGACCAGUGACAUUAGCCAGUGCAUUGAUAACAUUCGUUGUAAUGGCUUGAUGACAAGUGUGUUUGAAGAGAAUUCCAAAGUUACUGUGCCUCAUAUGAUCAAAUCCGAUGUCCGUCUCCAUAAAGAUGAUGUUGACAUUUGCUUCAGCAAGACGCUCAACUCCUGCAAGGUCCCGCAGAUCCGUUACGCCAGUGUGGAGCGCCUCCUGGAGCGGCUCACAGACCUGCGCUUCCUCUCCAUUGACUUCCUCAACACUUUCCUGCACACGUAUAGGAUCUUCACCACUGCCGCUGUGGUCAUGGACAAGCUCGCAGAUAUCUACAAGAAACCCUUCUCUUCCAUCCCCAUCAGGUCUUUGGAGUUGUUCUUUGCCACCAGUCAAAACAACAGAGGUGGGGACCACAUUAAUGAUAAAUCUCCUCGUCUUUGCCGCAAGUUCUCCUCCCCGCCCCCCCUGUCCAUCCAGUCCCGCACCUCGUCCCCUGUACGGAUGCGUAAACUGUCCCUCCACUCUCCAGUCACAUCCAAGGUGGGAGGUCUGGACCUGACCAGUCCUGUGUCCAACCCUACCCUGAACCACAACAGCUCCCAGUCUGCAGGCAGCAGCCCCACCUCAGCCAGCACUCCUCAGACCCCCACCCCCCAGACUCCGACCCUGAGUGCUGUGUCUCCCCCUCCUCCCUCCACCUCCCCUCCUCAUGGCAACCCCACCUCCCCUCCACAUAGCAACGGCAGGCUGCCCCAGGACCAUGCCCCUCCCAUCCCAUCAUCUCCAGACCAGAGCACCAGCCCCAAUGCAGAGGGGGACGAAGUGCCCAGAGCUGACCCCUUCUGUGGCAAACUGCGCCGCAGCAUUCGCAGAACGGUGCUGGAGUCUGUGUCAUUGGAGAAAAUCCUUCCUGAGUCCCCCCAGAGCAGUGAAGCAGGAGAUAUGUCGCCAUGCCGAUCCCCUUCCACACCUCGCCACCUCCGCUAUCGCCAGCCUGGAGUCCAGUCUGCAGAAAACUCUCGUCACUCAGUUUCUCCAGCUUCGGCCUUUGCUAUCGCCACCGCCGCCGCAGGACACGGGACUCCACCAGUAUUUACAAACUCUGAAAGAACGUGUGAUAAAGAGUUCAUCAUCCGCAGAGCUGCGACUAACAGAGUCCUGAAUGUGCUGCGCCACUGGGUGUCCAAACACUCACAGGACUUUGAAAUGAAUGCUGAAUUGAAGAUGUCUGUGGUGUGUCUCCUGGAGGAGGUUCUUCGAGACCCAGACCUACUGCCUCAGGAGAGGAAAGCCACUGCUAACAUACUGAGUGGUCUCUCACAGGAUGAAAUGGAGGAGUCCCAACUAAGGAUAGAGGAUAUUUUACAAAUGGCGGACUGUCCGAAGGCUGAGUGCUUUGAGUCUCUGUCGGCGAUGGAGCUAGCAGAGCAAAUAACACUACUGGACCAUAUUGUCUUCAGAAGCAUCCCCUAUGAAGAGUUCCUGGGCCAAGGCUGGAUGAAAGUAGACAAGACCGAGCGCACGCCUUACAUCAUGAAAACCAGCAAGCACUUUAAUGAUAUGAGUAACCUGGUGGCGUCUCAGAUCAUGACCCACACAGAUGUAGGCUCGAGGGCCAGCUCUAUAGAGAAGUGGGUGGCUGUGGCUGACAUCUGCCGCUGUCUCAACAACUACAACGGCGUCCUGGAGAUCACCUCUGCUCUUAACCGCAGCGCCAUCUACCGCCUGAAGAAAACCUGGGCCAAAGUCAGCAAGCAGACUAAAGCACUGAUGGACAAACUGCAGAAGACUGUGUCAUCAGAAGGUCGCUUCAAAAAUCUGAGGGAAACUCUAAAAAACUGCAACCCUCCUUGUGUGCCAUAUCUGGGAAUGUAUCUGACAGACUUGGCCUUUAUUGAGGAAGGAACACCAAACUUUACCGAAGAGGGUCUCGUUAACUUCUCCAAGAUGAGAAUGAUUUCCCAUAUCAUCCGAGAAAUUCGACAGUUCCAGCAGACUCCAUACAGAAUAGAGCACCAACCCAAGGUGACCCAGUACCUGUUGGAUAAGACUCUGAUCAUGGAUGAAGACACACUAUAUGACCUCUCCCUGAAGAUCGAGCCCAGGCUUCCAGCUUGAGUAGGGGGGGGCUGCUAUUGGCCAAUGAUUGCAGGACCCUACGGCUACAUGGCCAUUUCAUCUUCUGAUCAGUGCAGAUGGAAGAGUGAAGCAAAGUUAUGACAGCUUUGUGCAUAGAACAAUGAGAAAGACUGAUGUCAUGAAGAUAUCCGCUGAUGUGGGAUUCAGCUGUGAAUGGGGUUGCAGAACUAUGGCACUUUGAGAGCAGGAAAGUGACAGAUGUUAUGGAGCUGGUAGGAAAUGGUUUAAAACGAAUGGCAUGCUGCUGUGCACUCAUUAUUGAUAGUGAAACAGGCAGAUCGGGGAAGCUGGAGAGUUUGUCUGCGUGGUGGGAAUUGAUCAAAACUAUGGAUUUUACUGAUGUAGCAAAUACAGAGUGUGUGGAGGAGCAGUUUUGGAUAGUUUUUGUAGUCUUUGUUCUGCUGCCUGUGCAUUUCUGUUUUGCAUUUUACUCAGAGCAUGUCUCCCUACAUGCUUCUGUCAUGACAAAGAGCUAGCAUGAUUUGAGCUCAAGAUAUUACUGCGCAAAAGGCCUUCAUCUUGACCCUGAUUCUGCCUUAUACUCAGAUACUGGUCUAUGCCACUAUUGCAUCCUCAGUGUUGGAUAUGCUCUCUGUUACAUACAAACAGAAAAAUGUGACAUGCUUGAUGUUUUUAUUUUUUGUACCUAAGAAUGCUAAAAAUAUAUGUGAAUGAUGUUAAAGGUUAUACAUUUUUGUGCCUUCUAAUAGUUUAUGGGUCAGUGUUUCAACAGUGUUUGCAACACCCCCUUAGCCACCAUCCCAAAUUGUACACUCUUAGUUUAAAAUCGUCUACAGGUCCUCCAUGGUCAGUAAAACAAUAAAACAGGUCGUAGGUAAUCGUAGCAUGUUAGUGCUGAUUAAGUGAAUCAUUGCAACCAAUAUCCCUCUGGUGUUUAGUCAGUUCCUGAACUUGUGCAGUUUUUGUGCUCAGUUAGGUAGACUGGACACAGGCUGGA